AUGUCUUACUCCAAGUUACUCGUCAUGGCCUCUGCAUUCCAAGCUGCGAAUGCCGUGGUACCCAACAUAGAAGGCUUCAAGCUUACAUGGAGUGACGACUUUGUCGGACAAGCCAACUCUCUUCCGAAUCCAGCCAACUGGGUCGUCUCCACAGGAACGUCUUACCCAGGAGGCGCAUCCAACUGGGGUACCGGCGAGAUCCAAACCUACACAUCUGACCCAGCAAACUUGAAAGUCAGUGGAAACGGCACUCUCCAGAUCACAGCUGUCAAGAGCGGCUCAAGCUGGACCUCGGCCCGCAUCGAGACUCAGCGGACGGACUUUCUGGCCAAGGCUGGCGGCAAGAUGCGGAUACAAGCCAGCCUGAACUUGCCUGAUAUGGGAGAAGCUUGUGUCGGAUACUGGCCAGCAUUCUGGACACUGGGAGCGGACUUUCGUGGCAAUUAUCAAAACUGGCCAUCUGUUGGCGAGUUCGAUAUUCUAGAGAACGUCAACUGCAAACCGACCACAUUUGGAACCCUCCACUGCGGGACUAACCCAGGCGGGGUCUGUAAUGAGACCACUGGACUCUCAGGGUCUAUCACGCCCAAGUCCUUGCCACAAGGCAACUUUCAUGCUUACACCUUCGAGAUCGACCGCACAACCACUGGCCAAGAGGCUAUGCGCUGGUUCGUUGAUGGCGAGCAGUACAAGGAGAUCAAGCAAUCAGAGCUACCUGAGGAUGUCUGGGCCCAAAUCGCACACAAGGGGCAUUUUGUACUCAUGAACUUGGCAAUUGGCGGUUCCUUCCCGAACAAAGAUUAUGGCGCCGAUGCAACACCGCUGGAGAGCACCAAGUCGGGUGGAGUGUACCAGGCCGAGUAUGUGGCUGUGUAUAAUUCGGCUUAG